AUGUAUGCCAUCUUAGACGACCAGAGCAACAGGUCCCUUGCAAGAACAGAGUUCUUCGACAUUUUCGGGCUCAAUGGUGACAGUUCCCCCUACACACUAAGGACAUGUGCUGGGACUACAGAGGCGAUAGGAAGAAGAGCAUCCGGCUUUCUCAUUGAGGACAUUCAUGGCUCCGUGAAGCUACCCUUGCCAACACUCAUCGAGUGCAACGAGAUGCCUAACAACAGGAACGAGAUUCCAACACCGGAAGUGGCAUCGCAUCACCCUCAUCUCAGAGCUGUAGCUAAAUUCAUUCCUCGUUUGGACCCAGAGGCCAAGAUUCUACUUCUCCUUGGGAGAGACAUCCUCAGAGUACACAAGGUUCGACAACAGCGCAACGGACCGGCUGAUGCUCCAUUUGCUCAGAGACUGGAUCUGGGAUGGGUCAUCGUGGGGAAUGUCUGCAUAAGUCGAAGUCGCACACCGGACUCUGUGAGCAACCUCAAAACAAACGUCCUUGAAAAUGGACGUCCCUCCCUUUUCGAGCCAUGCCAGAAUCAUUUUCUGGUCAAGGAGAAGCUCGCUGACACGCAAGGGUCGACACAAUGCUUCCAACCAGCUCAGAACGCUGCUAGGAAUGACCACUGUGACGAUGGGGUCGCUGAAACGCUGUUCCACACAACGAAGGAUGACAACAGACCUUCCCUUUCCGUCGAGGACAGGAAGUUCUUGAAGCUGAUGGACGAGGAGUUCUCAAGGGACGAAUCCAACAGUUGGGUAGCGCCUCUUCCCUUUCGUUCUCCAAGACCUUGGCUUCCGAAUAACAAGUGCUUGGCUGAGUCACGCCUCACUGCUGUCCAACGGACCUUGAAGAGAAAGCCAGAACUGAGGGAACAGUUCGCGAGCUUCAUGGACAAGAUGUUCAAGAACGGCCACGCCGAGGAAGCUCCACCGGUUCGAGAAGGAGAAGAAUGUUGGUACCUCCCCAUCUUUGGUGUUUGCCAUCCACGAAAGCCCGGGGAAACGCGAGUCGUGUUCGACUCCAGUGCACAGUUUAAGGGCGUGUCUCUAAACAGUGUGCUGCUUACCGGUCCAGACAUGAUCAACGGCCUGCUUGGAGUGCUCAUCCGAUUCCGGAAAGAGCCCGUAGCCAUUACUGUGGACAUUAAGCACAUGUUCUACUGCUUCUUGGUACGAGACGACCACCGAAAUUAUCUGAGAUUUCUGUGGUUCCGCAACAACAACAUCUAUAGUGACGUGGUGGAGUACCGAAUGAAGGUACACGUGUUUGGAAACAGCCCUUCACCAGCAGUUGCAACGUACGGGCUGCGGAGAACAGCACGAGAAGGAGAGGAAGAAUUUGGCAGCGACGUCAGGCAGUUCAUCGAGAGGGAUUUCUAUGUCGACGAUGGGUUGAAGUCUCUCUGCAACGUCAAGGACGCCAUCAGCCUAAUACGUCGCACGCAACAGAUGUUGGCCGCAUCAAACCUCAAGCUCCACAAGAUAGCCUCUAACUGCCCUACAGUGUUGGAAGCCUUUCCAGAAGAAGACCGUGCCAAGGAUUUGAAGGAUCUUGACUUGAGCAAUGGCUCACAGCCGAUCCAACGCAGUCUGGGAGUUUCUUGGAAUCUGAAGAAGGAUGUCUUCACAUUUACGAGUCCAGACCAAGAAAAGCCAUUCACUCGGCGCGGUGUCUUGUCAGUGGUGAAUAGCCUGUAUGACCCACUUGGGUUAGUUGCUCCAGUCAUCGUUCAAGGAAAGUCCCUCCUCCGAGAGCUAGUUGCUGAGACAUGCGACUGGGACUGCCCACUUCCUGACAAAAAGAGAGCCGCCUGGAAGGCGUGGAAGGACUCCUUGCAAGUACUCGAGCAGCUGGACAUACCUCGCACCUAUGCCCCUGCCUCACUUACUACCGCAGAAAGGAAGGAACUGCACAUAUUCUCCGACGCAUCAACCAAAGCUGUGGCUGCAGUGGCGUACCUCAGAGUGACAUAUCCAGAUGGUGCGUGUCAUGUCGGGUUCGUCAUAGGAAAGGCUAAGCUAGCACCGCAUCCGGAACACACCAUCCCAAGGCUUGAACUGUGCGGCGCGGUGUUGGCAGUGGAGCUAGCAGAGCUUAUCAGUCGUGAUAUAGAUAUGGAACUUGAUGCUGUAAACUUCUAUACUGACAGCAAGAUCGUCCUAGGCUACAUACAUAAUGAGACGCGAAGGUUUUUUGUGUAUGUCAGUAACAGGGUGGAACGCAUAAGGAGCUCUACACGGCCAGACCAAUGGCACUAUGUUCCUUCUGACAUCAACCCUGCGGAUCUCGGAACCAGGUCUGUGCCAGCAGCCCAAAUGGCAGGAUCGACCUGGCUGACAGGCCCGGACUUUUUGCAUCGUCAAGAACGCUGCUCGCAGGUAUUGAAGGGCAAGUUCGACUUGGUCGAUGCGGAUUCCGACACGGAGGUGCGGCCCCAGGCAAAUGUUCUCGCAACCAGUGUGGGCAUGAAACAACUCGGCAGCAAGCGGUUCGAGCGCUUCUCAAGUUGGAUUACGCUGACUCGCGCAGUUGCAACGCUUGUACGGCUAGUGGACAAAAUUCGGGGCACUUCUGAAAACGUGUCAGACUGCCCGCAUAACAGCUCAUCUCACCAACUCCGACCUUCUGCAGAACACCUAGCCCGAGCAAAGGCAGUCGUCAUUCUAUCUGUCCAGAAGGAAGCCUUUUCGGAGGAGUUGAAAAGCUUGCAACGAGGAAAGCGACUACCGAAGUCAAGCCCUCUGUGGAGACUGGAUCCAUGGGUUGAUUCCGACGGUCUUUUGAGAAUCGGUAGCCGACUAGGCAGGGCCAACCACUUCGACCAGCAAGAGAAGAAGCCCAUCAUCAUGCCAGGGCGACACCACGUCACCACCCUGGUUGUGCGGCACUAUCACGAAGAGGCCAAACAUCAAGGAAGCCACUUCACUGAGGGAGCAGUCACGGCAGCUGGGUUCUGGAUCAGUCGUCGCAAGUGGCAGUGCCCAACGCGGAGUCUCAAAGCAGGUGACCUCGUCCUCCUGAGAGACAGCCAGGUUCACCGUAACGAGUGGCCCAUGGGACUCAUUGUGAACGUUAUUGCGAGUGGGGACGGCAAGGUGCGAAAGGUGGAAAUCAAGACGGCAACACGGGGAGUGAUCAAGACGUUUCUCCGUCCUGUGACUGAGACAGUCCUGCUUAUUCCUUGUGAGGACUGA